CAUCUGGUCUCGGAUAAUCCAGAAAUGCAAUCAUCCGAUUCCUGCGACUCUGAUUAUUCCUAUUCAUCAGAAAGUGAAUCUAGUGACGCUGUAGACAGUGAUCGUUGGUUACUUCGGGCCCACAAUAUGAUCAACCACUUUUUACACCUGCAGCAAAGACGCAAAUCCCAUACCGCACGCUCCGCGUUUGGUAAGAGGCACAGAGACUCAGGCGUGAGGUCGAGAGAAAGGGGGGCGCGAGAAUCUGCUGGUGAAAGUGAAGUAAGCUCAAUUAAUGAAGUGGAAGCUAGAAGAAGCAAUGCUUUGAUAAAGAGGAUUCGUGGAGCAGAACGGCCAAGUCUUGACUGGAGAUAUGAACAUCUUCCUUAUAUUGAUCAGAUGAGAGUGUAA